AAGAAUCAUGAGUGGACCUAAGGAGAUAUUGACCCAUGCUCAGAAGGUUUGCAGAUUAUACAAGGCUGCUCUUCGUUCCACUGAGAAUUGGACUCUGGGUAAAGCUGAGCAUAGGUUUAAUGCAACAGUUCUUCGAGCCAGGUUUGAUGAGACUAGGAAUGAGAAGGAUAUGAGAGUGAAUGCUGCAAGGUUGGAGGAAGCUAAACAUGAACUGUGGGAGAAGCAGCAUAGUGAUCCUAUCAUCUUUAAGAACGAUGCAGGAGGUAUCUGCUACAGAAGAGAACACACUCAUCUGGAUUAUCUAUUUGAUCAAUAUCAUCCUUGGGAGAAGGUUAUGAUGAGAGAUUUCUUCGAGCGACGCGAAACUUUGAAGAAGGAAUAUGAAGAAUAUUUUGAGAAAUCCCUCACCAAGAAAUAUCAAACUGAACCCCUUGUUGUAUAAACCUAGUAAAUGAAUCAGAAUACGCCUGUAUACCUAGAACAGGACUUUCAGUUGUAGUCUUUACUUGAUAGAUUUAUUCUUUUCAGAACAAACAUGCGUCUGACACAGAUCUUACUCGCCUGGCCAAAAAAGAGACCUAAUGGUUAUAUUUGGUCUGGAAAACAUCAAAUGGUGAGGAAGGUUAUGCCCUGGCAUCUAAACACACUAGAGAAGGAUAUUAAUAGGGAGAAGACAAAUGCUUUAUUAUGUACUCGCCCCUACCUGACACCUGAACAGGAGAGGGUUGGGAUUGAAGCUAGAAAAUCUACAGAUCUCAGACCAGAUCAAUAUCUUUUUAAAUUGCGCAAAGCCCGAAUUGAAGGAACCAAGAUGGCUCCUACACGUGUUGAAGAUAGUAUUGCGCAGAUGAAAAAUACAAUCUCCUGGGAAUAGAUGGAAUUAAACGUGUACCUUUAAAUAAAUUUGUUCAUGGAA